AUGUCCGCAAUAGGUUUUCCAAUGAUCAACAUCGCCAAAGUGAGCGACUGGCUCACCCAGAACGCCAAUGAAAGCAUAUAUCCUCGACUCUUUUUAAUGUCCCCAAACGGCACGCUAUUGGCGUAUUCAAAGCCCGUGCAAACUAAGGAGCUUCGUGACCAAGCUGCCCUCAUUUCCAUGGCAUGGAAGGAUCACUGCGCCGGCCGCCAAAAGCUUUCUACGCGAAACGGGGCUCCAGACCAUUCGCUCAAGCCCCCACUGCAAACACUCACCAUCGAAACCCAGGACUGCAACAUCAUAGUGCGUCUCUUGCAGCCAGAGUUGCUCUUGGUCCUCAUCGGCAGAAUUCCCCCAAGCAAAAAGCAAACGUUCAAAAUCUCGCCCGAAGGCCAGGGAGACCCUAGGUAUCCGGAUGUCCAUGUCUCUCUUUCUCGCCCCGGAUCAAGCGCACAGCUGCAUGGUCAGGCUGACGGAUCGGCCGACAAUCUAAGGCCAAGCAACGGAGGACCGACUAUGAAGAACAAGGCGCCUUCUUUAUUCAGUAACAUGAGUCAGCGCGAGAAAGACAUCCGGGGAGGUGCACUCCAUGUGCAACGAAAGAAACUAGAUGCCUUGGCCGAAUACGUCCUCCGAGAUUUUGAAGAUACCUCCUUCGUUAUGCCAGCAGACGCAGACUUGCAGUAG